GCCGCUAGCCCCUUUGCCCGCCUGGCGGCGCGUGCCGCUGCUUCCCGCCCUCCCUCCGGGGCGGGGCUUCGUGCUGCUCAAAUACCGUGAGGCGAGGAGGUGCCGCGCUGCCGGGCCUGCAGAGCUCCGCUCCCGUGGCUCGCUCCUGCCUAGAGCAAGGACUUCUGGUCUGAAGCAGAGGGUGCCACGAGCUGCUCUGUCUCUGAAUCCGUCAUGGAACAGAUCAAUGGAUCUGUCCGGAUGGAGCGUGCACUGCUGUACACAUUCCUGGAGGUAUCCUCUGACUGCAAGUUCAGAGAGCAACUGCAGUCCCUCCAAAACCAGGGAAAAACACAUUUCCCCUGCUACUGUUACGAUGAUGAGGUGGAACUUCAGACUGAUGGCAAUCGGAGCGGCCACUUGCAGAAUGGUGAGCUAGUGUUUGACCCUGAGGUAAAUGAAGAAGUUGUCCGGAUCAUUGCUGCUCAGCUCGCUGAGAUUGGAGACCAGUUUGAUAAAGAAAUCAAAGCAAGAGUAGUAAAUGAUCUAGUGCAGCACUUUCUGAAUGAGAAUCUGUCUGGAGAGGAGAUAACCCGGCGCAUGUCAGAGGCAGUGGAAGGGCUUGCACGAGCCAUCCCCUCAGACAUGGAGCAGGAGAAGGCUAUGUUGGUGCUGGCGAUGGUCCUAACUAAAAAAAUUGCGAAUACAAUGCCCUCCCUUCUACAGCGUGUCUUCAGCACUACUGUGAACUACAUCAGCCAGCAGCUCCACAACUACAUUGUCAGAAUGCUGCGUGAGUGAGCUCUCCAGCCCUCGGUGUGGAGAAUGUGGACUCUCGAAGACUUUUUACUUUUAUACAUGCAAAUCACUUUUUCUGUUCUUAACUUCUGAGAUACAGCUGUGAAAGGGAAGGCAGAGCUACAUAGAUAGGCUUUUGUAGACUAGCACAGCAAUAACGGUAGCGAGCUGUGUGCCAGCUCUGCCAGUACUUGUAAGGAGUAGUGCUUGCCCUCUCUCAUUUUACAAUAGUUUUUUCUUUUUAUGUUCUUAGCAGUAACAGACUCUGUGCACACCCUAGCCUGUGCCUCCAGAGGAAAUGCUGUGGGCAUGGAGCCUACCUUCUCAGUAAUUUUUCUGAUGAGCUGUAGCAUUUUGCUUUAGUUAUGCUCUUCCCAGCCCUGCUUCUGGUGCUGUAGCUGAGCCAUGCAGAGUGUUAAUUGUUCCCAGGAAGGCCUCAAGCUGUAGAAUGGAUGGCUGAUCAGCACAGAUGAUCAAGGGGGAAAAAAUAAUAAUCAGGUCUCUUAGAGGGGAGCUGGCAGCAAGAGGAAACAAUCCUAAAGGAGGUAGGGAUGUUCAGGGAGCCAGGGAAAGCUGAAGUAUCAAUUUCCAUAAACCCCUGCUUGCUUGAAAAAUAAAACUGAAUGACAAAUUGUAAAGAAAAGGGCAGGGGACAGGUACAAGGAAAAAUCUUUCAGGGAAUACUACAACCUGGAUAUGCUUGAGGAAAAGUGUUUAGCUUUAGAAUAUCUUGCUAUAAAGAGAAAGAAGGUAUCAGCCUUGCAUCAGGAAGAAUAUCUGGCAUCUCUUAUGAUUGUAGUGCAUUCACAUCUCAGGUUAAACAAACUUGGACUCAGGUUGUUUGAAACAUACCUGUAAUUGCAGGUAAUUCACUUGUGAUCCAGCUGCCUCAGAAGUUUUGAAAGGAUGUAAAUAUUUUGUGGGGUUUUUUAAGUUAAAUAAAAUUGUCAGUUCUCAUGGCAA